AUGGCCACUCUGGUGGCAGAUUACUGCUCAGGACUUGCAGUUCAAUUCCUUUACGAGCAAAUGCCAACAAUCCAACAAACGACUUCCUUCGUCGAAGUCAUUAAGGACAUCGUUACCCGCGAAGCAGUGGAGGAAGAAACAUCGGGCAUCGACGAUUCACAUAGCGAGAGAAUCAAAAGCAGCUUCUUCACGAAAUUAGGAACCAUCUGGCACCGAGAAGAAGAGGCAGUAAACAUCAUCAAGAAAGCGCUUAGUAACGAUGAGGCACCGCACAACGCUCAAGGCAAAUCAAGGGCAGCAGGAAAUCUCGUCAUCAGCAACAACAGGAACAAGGAAAUCAGCUGUAACAAGGUUUGUACCGCAAAAGAGCCACUGAGCAGCAUCCUGCUAGUACUCCCAGACAUAAGAUCGGAACGGCAUGCAGAUGAAAAUCGCAGCCAGCCAUCUACAGCAUACUACGAGAACAUGAUGAUCGACAAAGACGAAUAUAACCGUAUCGUCGACCUCGUGGAUGCUGCGCGAGAAGCCCACGGAGACAUCGUCGACUCGUUAACACAGACGUAUCGAAAGCGCAACUGGCGAAGACUACAUCCGAUAUUCAAAAUGAGAAAAACCAUUGAUGGUAAGCAGUAUAUUCCAGCCGACAAAUCAGCGCAGGCUUCUCAUCAACAAGAAAGGCGUGAUGAUACUCUUGGGGCUGCUCAUCAAGGAGAACAGGGCCCGCAAAACGGUUCGUGUCAAUUCGACUACAGUAGCAUCAGUUACAGCGACCAAGAAGAAAAUCUAAACGAAUCCGAUCAUCGAAUUGAAGCAGCGACCUCAUCCUGUCGACGCCAAACGGAUAAGUCGCUGAAAAGAAAGUAGUUGACCAAGGAGUAAAGAAGAAUGCUUCUGGGGAGAAAGAAAUGAAAAGUAGACAGAAGAAGUUCUUAUGCGGGUUCUACAAAGAGAACAAAGGCAAAAGGAGGGGCUGUAAUGUCAAAAUGAACUCUUAGAUGCGUAGAGAAAUGUAUCGAAGACAAGGGGGCCUCAAGCUAGGGUAAAGCCCAUGCGUCAGGUGUACGAUUACGGAAGUCAGGAAGAACCCGAGUAGAAGAAAAGGUAACCCCUCCUCACCAUGAGUCGGUCUUGAAGAAGAUAAGAAUAUUCAUCGUACAAGACAAGAAGACGGCUUCAUGAAUAAAUAUUCAAUUGUCUUACGCCUCCCAUAUCCCGUGCUAUCUAGUCAGAUGCGGUCUGGAUGUCUUUUCCGUAUCCUCAUGGACAUAAGAUGAUGGCACAAAAUCACAAGGAGAGAAAACUGGAGUGAAUCUGAUGCAAGGACCCGCAGAGGAGGCGUAGAGUUCAG